GUUUCUGAUAGUAAAAAAUAAUAUAAAAAUCAAAAGCAGGAGAGAAACUAUAGAAAAGUAGAAGAACGUUUCGGGAAAAAGAGACUUUUUACCUUGCUGAAGAUAUUUUUUCUACACGUUUUUAUCCAGCAAAUUUUAACAUUUUUUUGUUUUAAUUUUAAACUUUCUUAUGUUAAAAUACUAUUAAAUUUAUUAUUCAGAGAUUUGAUUUAGAAACCAUUACUAAUGAUGCUCUAAGCUUAUAUGAAUGAACCAUAUAUGGAUUUCAAGAAGAAUAUGACUAUCACAAGAAAACUCACGUCUUCGUACGGUGAUUUAUUUAUCUAUUAACAUCUAAAGGGCACUUGAUAAGUAUCAUCUGAAAUAUAUGGCUUCAACUUUUUAAACCAUCACGUAUAUAUAAACCAAUAAAUAUCACACAUAUAAACAAGGAAAUUUUUAAACUUGAUUUUUUACAAAAAAAAAAAUAUUUACAGUUGAUCCACGUACAUGUAAUACUGUGAAGAAAAUAUAAUAUAUAUACUCUCAAUUGGGAAAUAGCUAGCAAGAGGAGUUACAAAACACUCGUUCUUCUUACAUCAGAUAAUUUACGGCUUUACUACCAGUUAGAGAUAUAUCGGGUUGUCUUCAGGUGCUUUCUUGAACCAAUUUCUACACUUGCUCGUUUUGUAAACACGAAGUAACUGAAAUUGUAACAAUGUAUGUUGACGUGUUUUUAAUGGUCCGAUGAGAUUUCAGUUUUUUUUUUUUGUCUUUUCCUUACGAUGAGCAUUAAGUUUUGGUCGGUGCUUUUUCCUUUUCGUGAUGUAAAGUAGUUUUAUAUGAUUAUGUUUUGGUUGUUACUAAAAAGGUGACGAUUUUUGUAGAAGUUAAACACGGAUUCCAUUUUGACAAGUGAAUAUAGAUAUCUGCUUGCUCAAUUGUGUGGACGCCAAUUUGUGAUUCCUAGAAAAUAAGAGUUUACAAAUAAAAUUACAUUUAGCUGUGAAGAGUGUCGGAGUGAUUAUGUUGGCUAUAAACGGACGAUAUAAACAAAGUAUUCGUUAUUCUAGUUCGCUGUGCAGAUAUUUCUAUGCUGUAAUAUGUACCAUUUACAAGUUUCAUAGUUGCCGUUCAAAAUAUGCCUUAUCUACAACAGAGCAUCUAUCUCAGUCAACUUUUUACAAUCUCUUGUAAAGGUCUAACCAAACUUGAUCAUUUAAAAAUAAAAGUUAAGGAUUUGAUAGAUAAAAUUACUAUAGUCUAUGCAUAUAUUAGAUAGAUAUAUGAUUUUAGCAAGACCCAGCCCAUUAUAAUUUGAAAUGCUAAAUAUGAGUAGAUGGGUCAUUAAGAAAUGCUAACCUAGUACGGCUAUCUCAGCCCAUAUCCUACCCAAUAGAACAAUAGGCUCAUUGAAUAAAUCCGUCCGUAACACUGGCCCAUUUUCAACAUGAGCUGUCUUAGACUUGGAGAUUGUUGUCGUUGUUGACUUAGGGGAAGGUAGGACCCGCGUCUGAGUUAAAGGAUUCUUUAAGCACGUGAAUCACGCGGUCCCCGCUUUUUGCUAUGUUUUUCCCACCACCGCCAUAUAUUAUAACCCACUCGUGACUCCAUUUUCCAUAACCAAACCAAGUUGUUGUUACUCGCUUUUGCAUACGAGAAUUUCAUGACCCUAGUUUAGUUGUUGAUGAUAUUGUGACAAUGUAUGUCAAUAGUGAAACCUCUAUUUACAGAGUGUUUUAGUUUGUGUUGUGCGAGAUGAUGAAAAAAUUUAAUACACAAAGAAGUGCAGGCAAAAAUUGAAAAAAAGAAGAAAGUGGAGGCGUUAUUUUGGAAAAUAAAAGAUCCAAGAAAAUUAAAUGCAUCUCACGUUCUUCUCAUUCUUGGUCAUCGCCUUGAUCCACGUAAAUAUCACAUGGUUUUCACGCCUGUUGCCGAAUUCUUAAAGCCUCUAUAUUAAAUCGACUUGUCUUUUUCAUAUUAUUGGUUUUUAAUUAACUACUAUUAUACCUCCAUAAUAACUCAAACGGAGAAGACGUCGCAUUUUCUAUAAGUUAUAAAAAAAAAACUCAGUAGUUGCUCGCAUUGCCUGUUCACGUCUCUUGCGUAAGCCUAGUCGACCUUAAACUCAGUAGUUAUAUAAACGUGAAAAAUGGAUUAUAUGAAAACGUAUAAUUUGACAUUCAAAAUAAAUAAAUGUAAAGCCUAGUAUGAAUAACGUGAAUAGGGUUGGGUCAAUGUUUCAGAUGAUUAUUGACCACCGGACUUGCUUUGAGUAGAUGUAAAAGCAAAAUUACUAAUUUUGGGGGUUGUGUUUCCAUUUUUGCAUUCAGAUGUAAUAGGAUAUGAUGUGCUGGAAUAGAGAAUCUAAUCAAGGGUGUCAGAUACAGGUUUAGAUCUAUAUACGGUUUUGAGAGAUAGAUCUGAUUAUCAAAUAAUCAAAAACCCUUAUUUUUGAAUAUGUACAGUAUUUGUUUCAUACAGUCAAAGACAGGAGACAAAGACACAAAACCGUAGCUCGCUCGACCAGACCCGGUUUAGUUUAAAACUAUACUAGGUGGUUAAGAUGUAACCGUAGUUAAGUUGCAAAGUCAUGUUUUCCUAAAUAGAGAGAAGUAAAUAAAAAAAAAAGAGAGAGAAGGAAGAACAUGCGUUAUUUCUCUCUCUCUCUCUAACUCUUAUUUGCUUCAAUUCAAUUCAAUUAAGAGGACACGGCGACGAAAGAGAGGAAGAAGGAAAUUUGAUGAAAUCAAAUCUCCUUAAAUCAGAAUUUAUUGGACAAGAUCUGAGAUCUCUAGUGUUGUUCCAUGCAGCAAAGCCUGUUGGUUUCUCUACGGAUUUGACCAACAACACUCUGUUUCUUCUCGAGAAAGAUCUCUGCUUUUCUUGUUGAAAUCAAACAAAGCUUCGGUUUUUAUCAAAUUAGAGAGAUGAGUAAUAAUAAUAAUAAUAAUAAUAGCAGCAGCGUGUGGAACGAAGACGACAAAGCGAUUGUUGCAUCCCUGCUCGGCAAAAAGGCUCUCGAUUACUUGCUCUCCAACUCCGUUCCAAACGCUAACCUCCUGAUGACGGUCGGAAGCGACGACAAUCUCCAGAACAAGCUCUCGGAUCUCGUGGAGACCCCAAACUCCUCCAACUUCUCCUGGAACUACGCCAUUUUCUGGCAGGUCUCUCGGUCAAAGUCCGGAGAUUUGGUCCUCUGCUGGGGCGACGGCUCCUGCAGAGAGCCUAAGGACGGAGAGAGGUCGGAGAUGAUGAGGAUGCUUUCCAUGGGGAGAGAAGAGGAAACCCACCAGACUCUGCGGAAGAGAGUGCUCCAAAAGCUUCACGCUUUGUUCGGUGGGUUGGAUGAUGAAGAAGAUAGCUGCGCUUUGGUGCUUGAUAGAGUUACGGACACUGAGAUGUUUCUUUUGGCUUCAAUGUACUUCUCUUUCCCUCGCGGUCAAGGCGGCCCUGGCAAGUGUUUCCACUCCUCCCAGCCGGUUUGGUUAUCCGAUUUGGUUAAUUCCGGUUCUGAUUACUGCGUUAGAUCGUUUCUGGCUAAGUCUGCUGGGAUACAGACUGUUGUUUUGGUUCCUACUGAUAUUGGCGUUGUUGAGUUGGGGUCUACUUCUUGUUUGCCUCACAGUGAUGAGUCAUUGUCUUCUAUUAGAUUGUCGUUUUCAAGUCCUCCUCCACCACCACCUCCUCCUCCGGUUAGAUUACCUGUUGUUGUGGCUAAUCAUAAUGAUGAUAACAGUUCCUCGAAGAUAUUCGGCAAGGAUCUGCACAGUUCUUCUGGUUUUCUUCAUCAGCAGCAACAUAGGCAGUUCAGAGAGAAGCUUACAGUUAGGAAAAUGGAUGAUAACAGAGUUCCCAAGAGAUUAGAUGGAAACAACAACAGGUUUAUGUUCUCUAAUCCCAUCACUACCAUGACUACUUCUACAUGGAUCCCUCCAGAAGCUCCGAGCAGGGAAGAUUUCAAGUUUCUCCCUUUGCAGCAAACAUCAUCAUCAUCUCACAGGCUGCUUCCUCCUGCUCAGAUGCAGAUUGAUUUCUCCGGCGCUAGUUCCAGGCCUUCUGACAAUAACUCAGACGGAGGAGGAGGAGGAGGAGGAGGAGGAGGUGAUUGGUCUGAUCUUGUUGGCGGUGUUGAUGAAUCUGGAGGCGACAACAGGCCGAGGAAACGAGGGAGGAGACCUGCCAACGGAAGAGCUGAAGCUCUGAACCACGUGGAAGCGGAGAGGCAACGGCGUGAGAAGCUUAACCAGAGGUUCUACGCACUGAGAUCAGUUGUUCCCAACAUUUCUAAGAUGGACAAAGCCUCCUUGUUGGGAGACGCUGUCUCUUACAUUAAUGAGCUUUACGCUAAGCUCAAGGUUAUGGAAGCUGAGAGGGAGAAGCUGGGCUAUAGCUCUAACCCUCUCAUCUGCUUGGAGCCGCCGGCCGUUAACGUUCAAACGGCGGGUGAAGAUGUGGCGGUGACGGUUAACUGUUCGUUGGAUUCUCAUCCGGCGUCGAGGAUCUUCCACGCGUUUGAAGAGGCUAAAGUAGAAGUGAUUAAUGCAAAACUGGAGGUUCCACAGGACGUAGUGUUGCAUACGUUUGUGAUCAAAUCUGAAGAGGUGACUAAAGAGAAGCUCAUCUCAGCUUUAUCUAGAGAGCAAUCCGGUUCUGUUCAGUCAAGAACAUCAUCAGGUAGAUAGCGCCUUUUGAGAAGACCAGAAGAAGAAGUUGCAAGUAAGUUUGUAGUCUGUAACAAUCCUCGAGGCUAGGAUUUUAGAAGUUUUUUUUUUUUAAUUUGUCAAAAAGUAGACAACUCGCUUUACAAAAAAAAAAUAGCAUCUAUUUAUUAUGUUGAAGAAGCCUUGGGACUUGCUUGAGAAUCUGUCUUUUGUUCUGAUUUUUUGGCCUCCUUAGAGAGAUAUGGAUUCUUCUUAGAGUGAGUUUAACUAAGUGAUUGUGCCACAGGUACAUCAACUUUUUAGCCAAA